AGAUUUUUCUUCGCCUUUUGUGCUCAUUUCUUUUUUUCUUUCUCUUCCUCUCUUUACGAUUGUUGUAUUGCAGAGAUCCUUAGACGAGAUCAGUGGAGUCACACACGAGCUUUUGCAUCUCUUGACUUUUCCGUGAUACUGGUUUUCUUUUCUUUUAUAGUGUUUCCCCUUUUUUCUUCCACGUAUUAACUAACACAAGUCUAGCUUCCUUUUCUCUCUGAUAAGGUAAGUGCUCCUAAUUGCUGUUUUUUGCUUGGUCUUCCGCAGCCCCGUUGCAGCACUCGCACACACGCUCAUUUACGUUCACGACAAGGUUUACAGUGGGGCAAGACGAAAGGAAAAGUAGCAUUGUUCCCAUUGACUUUAUUCCAAUUCACCUGCCUUUCCCCUCAUUGACACGCUAGGGCAGAGGAAAGAUGAGCACGUUAACGCAGCCGUCGGAACGCGCGUUGUUCGCACUGCCGCACUCAGCCACUCUCGACAAGAACGACGACACCCCCUUGACGGGUACGGAAAACCUCUCCAGUGUUUACACGGGAACCGAUGAGGGGAGUAGGGCGCCGACGACUGACGUAAGCGAUGAAAAGCACAGCUCCAGCAGCAGCUCUGACGAGAAGAAGGACGAGGACAAGUGGAUUUGGGUGUUAGAUCCAAUGACACGCAAGCUGCGCGUUCCAUUGAACAUGCUGGUCCCGACCCACGCCACCUCGACCCCUGGCACCGUGCCUUCCCUCUGCAUUGCGUUCCUGGAGGGCCGCUGCCGCCAUGCGUGGUGCCGGCAGGCGCACGUGGUGCCUUCCGCCAUCCCGCAACUUCGCUACGAGGCGCUGAGCGCCCCCACUUGCUGCCAUUUCCACCAUGACCCUCAAGACAUCACGAUGCUGACCGACAACUUCAAGUUUGUGCGCAUCACCGGCAACGGUGGGAAUAAUGAGCUUAUCCCUGCAGAGCGCAUCGCGUGCACGGUUGGGCUGCGACGCUAUCUGGUGCACAACAUCCCAAAGAAGCUGGCCGAGCACGCAGACCCUUCCGCCACUGCGUCGGAGCACAAGGCCGAGGAGGCCGACAAGGAAGGCAUUCUAGAACUCCCCGCAAAGUUCAUCUGCCGUCUGCACCUGGCACACCGCUGCCGUUACCUGGAUGAUUGCAACAACAUUCACAUCUGCCGCGAAUUCGAAGUUCGCCUGCAGCCUCCGGCGCAAAUGCUCAGCUCCCUCAACUCCGUCACGACGUCAACACGCACGGUCAACAUCGGCGACACCUGCUAUACCGUCACCCCGCUAGCCGUGGGCGAUGUCAGCGACAGCGACUUCAACGCUAUUGCCGAGGCGCAGAGGAUCAAUCACCGCAACGCCGGCACCCCGGCAUCUACGCCGUUCUGGAGCGUUGCUCCCCCAUUGGACUCCGCCGUGGGCGGCAGCGAGGGCAGCAGCCCGAUGGCCUACUCCGGUGCCGGCGGCGCGGGCACGUUUCCAGCAGUGCCCGACUACCGCGCGGCGCAGAGCACACCCAACGGCAGCCUCACGACGUUCACUGGGCAGUCGCCGGCCUUCACACAUGCUGAGUCGCCUUCGCAGCAGUCGCACGGCUUCAGCGGCCACCUGCGCAUCUACGACGUCCGCCCUAAACCACAAACCGAGACGGCGGCAUCCAGCUGCGCCAGCAGCCCCGCCAUGAACCCCAAUACAGUGGAGAAGGCCGGUGCCGGUAAGCCACCGCCGCCGAAGUACGCCGACUGCUCGUCCCCUUCGGCAUCUGUGAACCGAUCAGUCGGUUUGAGCGCAGGAGGCUGCUUGAGCAACAGCACCGAGGGCGGCGUGAGCGUGGGCACGAGCGGUGCGAACACGCCGUUGGCAGAUGGCGGGUACGUUCCCUUUGCGACUCGAACGGCUGUGCCGGUGAGAAAAUAA